CAAAAGUCCAUAAGUAUGAUAUGUUGGUACUUUUGGGGUUCUCACACCGCCUGCUACGAUUUGUGGUUUUUGCGGCUGGUUGCUGUUGCUGCAGUUGCAGAUGUAGCUGUAGCAGUCGCAAACAGAGUUUGUCUUGUUUCGGUAUUUUGUGAAGUUAUCGUUGAUAUUCCCAUCGAGAUGAGUUGUGAGAUGCAAACCGACAAAGAAGCGGAAAAGGAACGCUGUCCUGGAGGCAGCAACCCUCUGGAACAGUAUGUCAUUCUUGCCAAAGCAGCUAGAGGGGCAGCUGCUGUCGAGUUAGUUAAACAAGUCCUUGAGGCACCAGGGGUUCAUGUCUUUGGAGAACUUCUGGACACAGAUAAUAUCAAAGAGCUAGCAAAUGGACCUCAUUCAAUGUAUUUUGAGCUGCUGAGGCUGUUUGCCUUUGGGACCUUCCGGGAAUAUUUAGAACAUAAGGAGAAACUUCCAGAGUUAACUCCAGUGAUGAAAAAGAAAUUGCAACAUCUCACUAUAGUUAGUCUUGCCACUAAAAUGAAGUGCAUUCCCUACUCAGUUCUUCUGCAAGAGUUAGAUAUAAAAAAUGUACGAGAUUUAGAAGAUCUCAUCAUUGAGGCAAUUUAUUCAGAUAUAAUCCAUGGUAAGCUAGACCAGCGUAACAGUCAGCUUGAACUUGAUUAUGCCAUUGGAAGAGACACACAGCCAGGGGAUUUGGCUCAGAUAAGUUCCACCCUCCAAGCCUGGUGUGAUGCUUGUGAGGCAGUUUUGUCUUGUGUGGAAACACAAAUUCACAAGGCAAAUGCCCAGAAAAAUAAAUCGCUCAAACACAAAGAGUCCAUUGAACAAGAGAUUACAAACAUAAAAAAGACAUUAAAGACACAGACUCAAGAUUCUGAUGAAGGUAUGAACACUGAUAUGCGAGACGCAUUGCACGGAGGACAUUCAGACAAAUCUAAGAAGGGAUUUAGAGUGAAAAAUUUGCGGGGCAGUAGUGCUAAGUUCUGGCAGAAGUCUUGAGUUGAGAUGGGCUUGGUGUGAUAUAAUGUGAUUUUGAUGUGAAAAUUUGAGCUGUCAAGAUACUGAAUAUUUUGAUAUCUAUCACUCCUACCAGUUACUAUUUUAUUCAGGACUUUCCUGCUCAAGUUUUAACCUUAUGCCCUCUCUUUGUUAAUAUAUUAUCCCUAGACCAGGCUUUUCUUUGUUUAUUUGUGUAUAGCGUUUUCAAUGUAUGUAUAUUCAUUUCCUUAAAAACUUUCAAAACUACUUACAUUA